AUGUCGACGUCGCUAUAUCCGCUGGCGUCUCUGGCGCGGAUCGAGAAAACCCCGUCGCGCGAAGAUGGCGUACCGGAAGAUUUGGAGCUGGACCUGAGGGCAUUUGGAUGUAAAUUAAUCCACGAGGCUGGAGUCUUCUACGACAAUUUGUUUCAGAGGUUUUGGUAUGUUACUUCAAUGAAGCAGUUUGGCAUCGGUGACGUUGGAUUGGGUGCGCUUUACCUGGCUUCAAAGCUGGAAGAGUGCCCGGUUCGCAUGCGCGACCUCAUCAACUUCGAAUACAUACCCAUGUCGUACUUCGGCUCAACCUUCUACGACCUCAAAGACGCGCUGGUCGUUGCGGAGAUGCAGAUCUUGAAACGACUGGGGUUCAAUGUGAACGUCGUGCUCCCUUACGGCACGCUGGUCAACUACCUGCGUCUCCUCGGCCUCGCGGACCGCGAAGACGUGUCGAGCAAAUCGUGGGGCUACCUGAACGAUGCGUUGCAGACACCGGUGUACGCGGUGUACGCGGUGCCCACCAUCGCCAGCGCGGCGAUCAUGCUAGCCACAAGGCAUCUGAACAUAGCGCUUCCGUCGAGUCCAGACGCUUGCUGGUGGGAGCUGUUCGACGCGGACUGGCAAGACAUUUGGAGCGUCGCUGGGUAUAUCAUGAGGUUAUAUCGCGAACGCAGCACAGAGGACCAGGCUCGUGUUAUGGGCCUGGUAUCCAAAAAGGCAGUUCGUUCAUGGAUAGAGGAUAACAGUCGUCAUAGUUCUGAUACUUGA